AUGUCUGCGCCGCAUCCCACCGAGACUCCCGCGGCCGAGGCGGCUCCGGCUGCUACCCCUGCUCCCGGUGCGGCUCCUGCUGCUGAGGGCGAGGGCGAGGGCCCGUCGAAGAAGGCGGCCAAGAAGGCCGAGGCCAAGGCCAAGAAGGAGGCGCUCAAGGCCCAGCGGGCGGCCGAGCGUGCGGCUGCCGAGGCGGCGGCCAAGGCGGCGGGCGGCGGCGGUGCGGGCGGUGAGGAGGUCGACCUGGCGACGGAGAACUACGGCGACGUGGCGUCGUUUGCGACGAAAGGCGGCCUGCGCUUCACCGACGGCGCGGCCCCCGUGGCACUGCCGCAGCUCGGCGCGGAACACGUCGACAAGGCGGUGCGUCUCUACGGCUGGAUCCAGAACUCGCGGAUGCAGGGCGCCAAGAUGUGCUUUGUGGAGCUGCGCGAGCAGCAGGACUGGACGAUCCAGGGCGUGCUUGCGGCGACCAAGCCCGACACCAAGGAGAACAUUGUCAGCCGCGCCAUGGUCAAGUGGGCCGGGUCGCGCAGCUUCGAGUCGUGCGUGGUCGUCGAGGCCAUUGUGCGCCGCGCGCCCGAGCCCAUCAAGAGCUGCAAGGUGUCGGGCUUUGAGCUGCACAUUACCAAGUUCUUUGUCGUGGCUGCGGCCCCGCAGGUCCUGGGCCUGACGCUCGCGUCGGCGAACAAGGCCGUCAACAACUUUGACGACACGGCGGGCGGCGAGGCGGAGGCGGAGGCGGAGGCGGCCAAGGCGGCCGAUGCGGUCACGGAGGGUGUCAAGAACCUCGACGUUGCAGCUGGCGCGGAAACCACCAUCUCGGGCGCGGCGCUGGGAACGCACCUCGACAACAUUGUCAUGCACAAGCGCGCGCCCGUGCAGCAGGCCAUUGCCAACGUGCGCUACGAGACCGAGAAGCUGUUCCGCGAGUACCUCGACGCCCGUGGCUUCAAGGGCUUCCAGGCGCCCGGUCUGAUCGACGCUGCCUCCGAGGGCGGUGCCAAUGUGUUCCAGCUGACGUACUUUGGCAAGCCGGCGUUUUUGGCCCAGAGCCCCCAGUUCUACAAGCAGUACGAAAUUGCCGGCGGGCGCAAGCGCGUCUUCUGCGUCGGCCCCGUGUACCGCGCCGAGAACUCCAACACGCCGCGCCACAUGACCGAGUUCACGGGUCUCGAUAUGGAGAUGGAGAUCCAGGAGUCGUACCACGAGGUGCUGUACAUGCUCGAGGGCGUGCUGCUGCACAUCUUCCGCGGCCUCAAGCAGCGCUGCGCCGACGACAUUGAGACCGUGCGCGCCGUGUACCCGUCGACCGAUUUCCUGCUGCCGGAGCCCGGCAAGGAGGUGCGCCUGACAUUUGCCGAGGGCCAGAAGCUGCUGCGCGAGCACGGCCCGGAGAUGUACCGCAACGUGUCGGACGACGAGGACAUGUCGACGCCGCAGGAGAAGGCGCUGGGCGAGCUGGUGCGCCAAAAGUUCAACACGGAGUUUUACGUGCUCGACAAGUUCCCGCAGGGCGCCCGGCCGUUUUACACCAUGGAGGACCCGACCAACAGCAGCGUGUGCAACGCCUACGACUUUUUCAUGCGCGGCCAGGAGAUUUUGUCCGGCGGCCAGCGCAUCCACGAGGCCGGCUUGCUCGAGGCGCGCAUGGUCCGUAAGGGCUUGGAUCCCAAGUCGGAGGGUCUCAAAGAAUACGUCGAUGUGUUCCGGCAGGCGGGUGUGCCGCCGCACGGCGGCGGCGGCAUUGGCCUCGACCGUGUGGUCGCCUUUUUCCUGAACCUGCCCAGCGUCCAGCUGGCGGCCUACUACCCACGGACGCCGAAGCGCCUUUUGCCGUAG